UCACCGGAUAAGAAAUGGUGCGCACCCGCAGUUGGAUCUUGCAGGAGGGAAAAGCUCGUGACCGAAACUGCUCUAUGGACAUGCUCACGUCACGUGAAUCAGCGUACCUUUCUACAUCUAACACACCGAAAUGGCGCAGAAGGGUGUUCAGCUGGAUGUUGAAACUUUUUCCUGUUCAAUCUGUUUGAACCUACUGAACAAUCCAGUGGCUAUUCCUUGUGGCCACAGCUACUGCAUGAGCUGCAUUCAAAGCUUCUGGGGAAAAAAGGGUAAGAAGAAACGCCACAGCUGCCCUCAGUGCAGGCAGACCUUUGCACCGAGGCCUGCUCUGGUUAAAAACACAAUGUUAGCAGCUUUGGUGGAGCAGCUGAAGCAGACUGGACUUCAGGCUGAUCCUGCUGAUCCUGCUGGACCUGAAGAUGUGCCCUGUGACAUGUGUCCUGGGAGGAAGCGGAAGGCCAUCAAGUCCUGUCUCAACUGUUUGGUUUCUUACUGUGAAAAACACCUCCAGCCUCACUACAGCGCCGCUCUGCUGCAGAAACACAAGCUGGUGGAGCCCUCCAAGAAGCUCCUGGAGAACAUCUGUUCUCGUCACGACGCGGUGAUGAAGGUUUUCUGUCGCACCGAUCAGCAGUGCAUCUGCAUCUUGUGCACCAUGGAAGAACACAAAGGCCAUGAAACGGCUCCGGCUGCAGCUGAGAGGGCGGAGAGGCAGAAGGAGCUUGAGGAGAAUCGACAGCAAAUCCAGAAGAAAAUCCAGGACCAGGAGAAGGAGCUGAAGAGGCUCCAGCAGGAGAAAAGACGCUCUGAUGCGAAGCAGUGGAUCAGAUCGCAGCAGGAAGCUCUGGUGCUUUGGGUUAAGGAGGUUCAGGAGAAGCUGGAGCAGGAGCUCAAUGACCUGAAGAGGAGAGACUCUGAGCUGGAGCAGCUUUCACACACAGAAGAUCACAACCAGUUCCUGCAAAGCUACGCCUCGCUGCCAGCGCCCAGUGACCUCCCAGACUCAUCUGGCAUCAACGCCGGUCCUCUGAGGCACUUCGAGGACGUGACAGCAGCUGCGUCAGAGCUCCGAGACAAACUGCAGGACAUCCUGAGAGACGCUGGGACGAACACCCUCCAGACGGUGUCCAGUUCCCAACCGGAGCCAAAGAGCAGAGCUGAAUUCCUGAAAUACACCUGUGAAAUCACUCUGGAUCCAAACACAGCUUUCAGAACGCUGGAACUGAGCAAAAACAACAAAGCAGCAAUAGUGUGGUACGAGGACGAGUCAUACACUCCUAAUCCGGAGAGAUUCAGUUCAUGCAGACAAGUGCUGAGCAGGCAGAGCCUGACCGGACGAUGCUACUUUGAGUUUAAAUGGGCUGGAAUAGGAAUUUUUGUAGCAGUUGCAUACAAGAGCAUCCAGAGAGGAGGGAGAGCAAAUGAAUCGUUGUUUGGGUUUAAUGAUCAGUCGUGGGCGCUACGCUGUGACAUUGAGCGUUUGAGUUUGAAAGGAGCUGGUUACACUUUCUGCCACAACAAAGUAGAGACUCCAGUGUCAGGUCCUCAGUCAUGCAAACUAGGAGUGUACCUGGAUCACAGUGCAGGUGUUCUGGCUUUCUAUGAUGUCUCUGAAACCAUGACUCUGCUCCACAGAGUCCAGACCACCUUCACUCAGCCGCUGUAUGCUGGACUUGGCUUUUUUUUCUGUGAUGGAGGCAAUGCAGAGUUCUGCAACCUCAAGAAACAGACUGAAUCUGAUUGUACAUUAUAAAAUAUAUCACCAUGUUGAUUCAUGGUACGAGACAGAUUAAAUAUGGAAAAACUGA